AAGCCCACUUUGUAGUCUUUCCCUAAUCUGAUCGAUGUUAUUGUUUACAUGUAUGUUUCACAUUCACUAGUUGGCUGGCUAAUCAGUAUCUUUGAUCACCCUCACAAUGUUGAGAAGAAGAAUUCCAUCUCUGAUAUCAAACGCCAUCAGAAAUGCAUCCGUCUUCACCAAACCCACUUCAUAUAACCCCACCAUAAACUCAUUACACAACCCAAUUCAUCAUCAAUCUGUUGAUUCCUUUGGGGUUCAGGGUAUUCGAGCUUACAGUCUGUUGAGUUUGAAUGAUUUGAGGGACAACAAAGGGGCGACAAAGCAGAAGACAAGAAAGGGUCGUGGAAUCGGGUCGGGUAAAGGGAAGACUGCGGGUCGGGGUCAUAAGGGGCAGAAAGCAAGAGGGACUCAUAAGUUUGGGUUUGAAGGUGGGCAGACUCCUAUGAGGCGUAGAAUGCCCAAAAGGGGGUUUAAGAACCCUUUUAGCCUUGAGUUUCAGCCAGUUGGUUUGGGAAAGAUUGCCAGGCUGAUCAAUGCAGGGAAGAUCGACUCUUCGGAGCUAAUCACAAUGAAAACUUUGAAGGAUACCGGAGCAAUAGGAAAGCAAAUAAGAGAUGGAGUGAGAUUGAUGGGACGUGGUGCCGAACACAUACAAUGGCCAAUUCAUCUUGAGGUGUCGAGAGUGACUGUUCGUGCAAAAGAAGCAGUUGAAGCCGCUGGUGGAUCUGUGAGAAAAGUGUAUUACAAUAAACUCGGUUUUCGUGCUUUGUUAAAACCCGAGUGGUUUGAGAAGAAGGGUAGGCUGCUUCCAAAAGCCGCAAGGCCGCCACCUAAGCAAAUGGACAAAGUUGAUAGCAUCGGUCGUCUGCCAGCUCCAACUAAGCCGAUUCCCUUUCCGACUGCCACAUCAGCUUCACCUGCCUGACCCACACAAUUUAGUUGCCUUUUUGGGUUCUCAUGACCCGCCCAUAAAGUCCUCUUUUCAUAGUAUUGUUAUCUGAAUAGUAAAAUUGUUGUUUGUUGCUUUAAAUCCUCUCCAUGAGACUUGGGGGUUGGUUUAACAUGGUUCUUUCAUGGUUUAAGCCUCGGUUAGAACACA